AAAGUAAAAAGUCGAAAGAAACAAAAAAGAAGCAAAGGGGCAGCAACAAGCAAAGAAAACGCACACGAAAUUUUUGUCUCCGUUCGGGCUUAGUAAUAAUUUCUAUCAUUUUCUGCGGAUAUUCACCGUUGAACAGUGCAGAGUUCGCCAACUAACGGUUUGUGGACAGCUGGCCGCGAGUGUAAACAGAACGUGCUGCCCUCUCGCUUGCACGCGCACUCGCACUCGCACUCGCACCAGAAGCUCAGUCAUCUCAAGAAUUUCUUAUCAGACGGAUUCCCCAACCUUGGGCCCACAUACAUAGGUGCACAAUUAGGUUAAUAGCCCGCGCUAAUCUAUAGUCCGUUGCGUAAGAGCACAGCGAGAUGGCAGCGACGCCAGCGCCAGCAGUGACGCCGGCAGCGACGGCAACGUCGACUGCGUCGAAAACUCCUGCGAAUCCAUCGAAUCCAUUGUCCUCCGAGGAGGAGACCCUUCUGCGCGGCCUCAACAAGCUGCGCAACGAGGAGAAACUCACGGACGUCACCCUGAUCGUCGAGGAGCACCGAUUCAAGGCUCACCGCGUCGUCCUGGCGGCCAGCAGCGACUACUUCUGCGCCAUGUUCGCCGACUGUGCCAUGAUCGAGUCGCGCAAGGAUGAGAUCAAUCUCUAUGGGAUCACAGCGAGGGCCAUGGGCUCGAUCAUUGACUACAUAUACACAUCGAUGCUGGAGCUGAACUACGAUAAUAUCGAGGAGAUCCUGGCGGCAGCCACACACGUCCAGGUGCGCGAGGUGAUUGAGCGAUGCACGAUCUUUCUGGGCGCAAAGAUCGAGAUGGAAAACUGCCUGGCCAUCGCUGGAAUGGCCGAUAUCUAUGGGAUCAUGGAUUUAUCCGAGCGGGCCCACCGCUAUAUGUGCGCUCACUUCGAGGAGUUCGCGACCACGUCGGAUUUCAAGGAAAUGAAGGUGGACCAGCUGCGCUUCAUACUCUCCAGCAACUAUCCCAUCGACGUGGCCGAGCAGGAUCUGGUGCGGCUGGUGUGCAGCUUUGCAAUCGAACAACAGCUGGAGGAGAACGCUUUGGGGGAUCUGCUGAGGUUGAUCAAGUGGCCGCACAUUAGCUAUAAGUCCCUGGACGAACUGAGGCACAUGAACUGCUCGCUGGAAGAGGGAAAGCAGCUGCAACUGCCCACCACCUAUUACAAUCGAAUCAAACAGGAGUACAUGGGACGCCUGCUCAACGGAGUGGUGCCUCUAAAGGAUCAAUCACUGCCACAGGGACCAACUAACAUGCGGGGCAUGGAGCUGUGCCUGCUGAAGAUCGGCGGCUUCGAGUGGAAGGGACUGACCAACGUGAUAAUGUGCUUCUCGCCAACGAAAAUGAAUUGGUACGAGUUGACUGCCAUUCCGCACAUCGAUCAGUGCAACUUUGGCACUGCCGUUCUGAACAACAAACUGUUCAUCGUGGGUGGAGCCUACGAUGUCUGCCUAAAGGAGUACAUCCAUCCCUUUGGCUUCUGCUACUGUCCGCUCAGGAAUACCUGGAUGACCAUAGCACCCAUUCAGCUGGAUCGCUGCCGUUUCUCAUUGAACGCUGUGGGCAAUCAGCAUCUCUAUGCGGUGGGCGGCAUUCUGGACGAUGAUAACUCCGAAGAAGCCCUGCGCAUGAUCUCCAACGUGGAGCGCUACGAUAUCGCCCAGAAUGUAUGGACCUAUAUGCCCAGUCUGCAGGAGAAUCGCAGUCAGCAUGCCGGCGUCGUCGUUGGCGAUAAGCUGUACAUCUCUGGUGGCGUCCACUUGGCCAACAUAUUGGCGAGCUUGUGGGUGUUCGACACAAAGACAGAAGUCUGGCAAGAGCUGGCCUCGAUGCCUACGCCGUGCUGUGACCACGUUUUGGUGGCGGUGGAUAACCGAAUCUAUGCCUGCGGCGGAUGGCACGAGAGUUUGACGGAGUCGCGGGUUCUGGUGGAGCACAUCUAUGCCUACGAUAUUGAGAGCAACACGUGGAGCGUGGAGACGCAGAUACCAGCACCAAAGUUCUACUCCGGCGUGACUGCGAUGGGCAGAACCAUAUUCUUUGUGGGCGGACUGGACUCUACGGAAUCGAUUGAUCGCGCCAGCGCGGAGACAAUGGCCUACGACUUGGAUACCAAGGAAUGGUGGCGCGAAAAGGACUCGUGGGACUCGCCCAACGAUGUGUGGGAAUCAACGUGCGUGGCCAUCUAUGUGCCCAUGUGCGAUUUCUAACUGAUGUCCCUCCAAGCCAAUCCAUUUCCACCAUCCUCCCCAUCGAAUUUAGCGAUUCUCAUGAUAUUUUUAUAAAUGUAUACAUAGUAUGUGUAGCUAGCGUAGACCUAUGUACAUGCGAGAUUUUGUGAUGACUGCAGUGACAAAAAUGUGCCAAGCACGGCAACGAAACAUGUUUAGACCGUAUAUGCCUUAAUUUCGCUCUCGAACGAAUAUACAGAUAAUGCUAAAUUAUUAAAUAACACUUAAUUAACUUGUAUAGACCGCGUAUGCCUUCAUUUCUCAGUUGAUCGAUAAGUUAGAGCUCGAAAAAUAGGGUUUUACUUGUGUGGCUGCGACUUUCCUUUGAUGUAUUGAUGUAUUUUAAAAUGCAGUUAGUUUUUUGUAGAAUGAGCUAUGUUGUUAUGCAUGUUUUGUAAAUAUAUGAAAUUAGAAAGUUUGUAAACUAGAACAAGGAUUAAAUCGGUAUCAACUGUAA